AUGCCACCUCGUGACAACAUCAACUCUAUUGGUGGACAAAGACAGGUAUGACAUUUAGGUUAUGACUAUUAAUUUUUUUUUUUUACGGAGCGUCCUUGUUAGGUUUUUGAAGCGGAAUAAGAUGUGCAAAGUAGAACUUGUCAGAAAGAUGGGGAAUCAAUUCAUGACCAUUUUUUGAAUAAUAAGGUUCAUUUUAGCCGGGCAGCGACAUGCAAUCCGGUAUUUCAAACGUGUGGAACAUCGUCAACGAGCGUCUGCGUGGCUUCGGUCUCUCCGACUUCCAGGUGAUGGGGUUCACGAUUGAGCCGGCUCAUUUGGCUCUCGCCGCCCUUUCCGUCAUAUUUUUCGGUCCUCUGGGCUUGGUCCUCGUGGUGAUAGGAAUAGUGGUCACUCAGAAUUCCAACAGAGGAGCUGGAGCUCCUCAACAGCCUGCUGUUAAUCCAUUCCACCGAGAUCCAAGUCAUUAUCAAGCCCAAGGCCAUUCAAGCCAAUCCCCCAGUCCAGCUCGGAAUCGCGGUCCUUUCUCCGGUGUUGGUCAGAAGCUUGGCUCUAACUAA